CUUGUUACUUUUCCACACGAAAUGUGGGGGUUUAAGGGCCACAAAGUUGGGCUUUUCUUAUCCCUUUUGCAAUAAAUAAAAUAAAGAAGGGCCAGAAAAAAAUAAAAAAAUAAAAAAAGAAAUUUACAGCAAAAUUAGCAAUGGUGAUGAAUUCUUCAACUGCAAUUCCAACUUCCGCUUCAUCAUCAAAUGUUUUCGAUAUCGGAAAUCACACAACGAAAUUGAUAAAAAUCGAAGCUGAUAAUUGCAGGAAGAAUGCUUCUUCUUCUUCUCCCCCGCCAAAGCCACUGUUGAUUUGCGCGCCUUCGGAAGAAGGGGUUUACCCAGUGCUGGUUUUCCUCCAUGGAUUUCUUCUGUACAAUUCUUUCUACUCUCAGCUUCUUCAACACGUAGCAUCUCACGGAUUCAUCGUUGUUGCGCCGCAGUUAUACUCCAUAACAGGACCAGACGCGAAAGAAGAAAUCAAGGUCACAUCCGAGAUAACCAACUGGCUAUCCAAUGGACUAUCCCGUUUUCUCCCACCCAAUGUCGAGCCAAACCUAACAAAGCUAGCACUAGCAGGCCAUAGUCGAGGAGGCAAAGUCGCGUUUGCUUCGGCUCUAAAUAACAAGCAAAAAUCUCCAACUUCCCUAAAAUUUUCGGCCCUCAUAGGUGUGGACCCUGUUGACGGGACUGGAAAAGGCGAACAACACCCCCUUCCAGUCUUCACCUACACCCCGCAUUCGUUCGACCUGGACGGAAUGGGAGUGCUAAUAGUUGGUUCUGGAUUGGGAGAAGUAAAACGAAAUCCACUUUUCCCACCUUGUGCCCCAAAGGGGGUGAACCACGAGGAUUUCUACAACGAAUGCUCUAAGCCGGUGCAUUACUUUGUGGCGAAAGAUUACGGGCAUCUCGACAUGCUUGACGAUGGUACGAAAGGGAUACGUGGGAAGGCGAGCUAUUGUUUGUGCAAGAACGGGGAAUCGAGGGAGCCUAUGAGGAGAUUUGUUGGAGGGGUUUCGGUUGCUUUCUUGAGAGGCUAUUUGGAAGGGGAUUUUAAGGAGCUUGUGGCUAUUAGAGAAGGGCAUAUGGUGCUUCCACUUGAGCUUCAAAGGGUUGAAUUUGAUGUGUAGGGAAUAUAUAUACUCGAAAUUAUACUAAUACUUGAAUAUGAAUAUGUAACAACGAAGUAAUGUAAGGCUCGACGAGGCAUUUAGAGAACGGUUUUUAAGAAAUUUCUACGUUAUUUUCGAUCAUAAACGCGAAACGAUGCUUCCUCAUAGUUUGGGUCAGGUUAACUUACUGUUACAUCUGGUGAAAUACACGAGUUAAAUAUUUAU